UUUUAAAGAAAUACAAUAUAAUUAGACUUAUUUUAAGAAUACGUUACGAAUGAUGUAAGCUUUGCUUUGCUUAGCUUUUCACAUUUAAUAAAGUGCCGUGUGGUUCCCGGCACCAAUACAAUGAUGUCGUAAAAGGCGACUAAGGGAUAGGCUUACAAACUUGGGAUUCUUUUUUAGGCGAUGGGUUGGCAACCCAUCACUAUUUGAAUCUCUACCCCUCUCUCUACUUUGAUCUGUCUACCCCGCAAGGGACAUGGACGUCACCAUAUAUAUGUAAGAAUUUCGUCCAGCGUUGGUUGCGAAAUCGUUCUCAGUUUGACCACGAUUAUAUCUCGCUUUGCUGAACCGAUUUUGAUGCGGUGGGAAAUUAAUGGAAGCUGUUAUUUAAAUAUAUACGAAUACAUUAAUAAAAAAUCAUAGUAGUAAUUUUAAUUCCGCUCGCUAAUAUUAAAUGUUCUUUGCCUAAUAUAAUAAACACCUCUUGAAUGCUAGUACGUAUGUAUUGAGAAUGAGUAGCAAGAACGCAGGAAAAUGCUUUCCUGUCACUCAAUGUCAUUUAAUGACACUCACUAUCACAAUUACAACAAUGCAUACUCUGUACAGUAUUGAGAAUUAAUUUUAUUUGUAUUUUACACAUGAUUAAAACUAAUUAUUUAUUAUUAUUAUUACCAUUCUUGUGAGCAAAAAAAGGCUGUUAUUAAGAUAAAUGAUUGCUCUGAUGGUCUGACGUGAUAUAAAUUUGAAGGUUAUAUAAUGAUAUUUUCCUUGAACGAUACAGUCAGGUGACAAAGAGCAAAAUGAUCAGUCGGAAAACAAUAUUUAGUAUCUCCUCGUUAAAUAAUCCUAACUGGAUAUUUGGUUAUAACUGCAUCAAAUUAUAUUCUUCCCAAGUUCAUAACAAACCAUUACACAAUGGAGGACCAUGGCAUGUUUACUCACAAAAAGUUUCAGAUGGAACUUUAAGUAAAGAUGAAUACCAAGAAAAAGUGAUGCGACAUCUGCAAGAUGUGUAUGAAGAGGUCACAGCUUAUCAGAGGCCUGAAGUACUGGCUCCCACAGGAAAGUCAUUUUUUAGUUUUUUUAGAAAGAGUGAACCUCUAAAGAUAGUAGCUCCUAAAGGUCUUUACAUUUUUGGAAGUGUUGGAGGAGGAAAGACUAUGUUAAUGGAUUUAUUUUAUGAAUCACUACCGAUAAAAGAAAAAUUGAGGGUUCAUUUUAAUUCAUUCAUGUUGAAUAUUCAUGCCCGGAUUCAUGAACUUAAGAUUAAGUCUGGAAAAGGUGCUAGUUCAUUCAGAGAUGAAGGAAAGCCUUUUGAUCCCAUCCCUCCAGUGGCAGCUGAUAUAACUCAAGAGUCAUGGCUUAUUUGUUUUGAUGAAUUUCAAGUAACUGAUAUUGGGGAUGCGAUGAUAUUGAAGCGUCUGUUUACUCAGUUGUUUGACAAUGGAUGUGUUGUGAUAGCUACAAGUAAUAGGAAGCCUGAUGACUUAUACAAGAAUGGUUUACAAAGAUCUAAUUUCUUGCCAUUCAUACCAGUUUUGAAGUCACACUGUAGUGUCAUUCAGCUAGAUUCUGGCAUUGACUAUAGAUUACGAGGCACUGGUAGCAAAUAUAGUAAAUAUUUUUUAAACAGUGAGCUAACACCUGAGAAUAAUGCUGUAGAUAAUUUAUUUAAAUUUUUAAUUUCAAAAGAAAAUGACACAGUCAGGCCUAGGGUUAUUAAUAUUUUAGGAAGAAAUGUCAAGUUUGCCAAAUCCUGUGGCAGAGUAUUAGAUUCUACAUUUGAUGAAUUAUGUGAUCGUCCUCUUGGUGCUAGUGAUUAUCUUAUUAUCUCUAAAACGUUCCACACUGUUUUUAUUCGGAAUAUUAGUCAACUAUCUAUAACAAGACAUAGGUCUCAGUUAAGGCGCUUCAUUACUAUGAUUGAUACAUUAUAUGACAACAGAGUAAGGGUAGUCAUUGCAGCAGAUUGUGAACCCAAGCAACUAUUUAAAAUUGAUGACAAGCAAGUAGAAGAUGCAGAUCGGGCUUUGAUGGAUGAUUUGAAAAUAACUAAAGAUUCAGAAGACGCAAAAGCUGCUAUUUUUACGGGAGAAGAAGAAAUGUUUGCUUGUGACCGUUGCCUUUCCAGAAUUAUGGAAAUGCAGACAGAUGACUACUGGGAGAAGUGGGGCAAACAUCUUGGUUAGAUCAUGAUAAUGUAACUAGCUGAAGUCAGUAUUUUAUUUAUUAUUCCUUUAAAUAAUUUGACAAAUUAAUUUAUUUUUAUAAUGGUAGAGUAAAUAAAACACACCAUUAUGUACUUAUACUUUAUGUAGAAACUGUACAAAAGUGUUGCACAUAAUUUGUUCAAAAUACAGGCAGUCUUAUUUUAUCUCACUACCAUAGGCGAUUAUGAGUAAAAUAUGAUGAAUCUCUCAAUUCAUCUUUAUCUUGGUCUUCUUUAGAAUUUUUUGGCAACAUCAUUUCACUAGUGUAAUUAAAUCGUUCUCAUUCAAAUCAAAUUUUCGCUAUAAAGUCUUAGAAAAAAUUAUCAUUAGGUAAUAUAAUGAUUAGCUUUUCUCUUAAUUUGUUUAGUUCCUUGUUCUAUAUGUAGUUAUGUUGUUAUUAUGUCGACAUUUCAAUUGCUUCAUUUUUUAAAAUAUUUAUAUAUACUUCAUACGUUAUAUUUGUAAUAUUUUUUUUAUGAGCUACGUAUCUGCUUAGCUCGUACUGAAAUGUGUUUGUUAGUUACCAAUGUUUUUUUAAUGACAUAAUAAAAUAUAUUUUGUUA